AUGAUCCGAGCACUGCUGCCGGUCCUGGCGUACAUGAGCCUGCUACCUGCGAGUUCCUACUCGCUGCACAUGGCACGCGAUGCCUACAUCAAACCGCCACCACCGCCGCCCCCCGCCAACCAGCUGCUGGACGAGCUGGACGACAUGUCGGAGCUACUGGCGGCCGAGAACCGGGUGGACCUGAUGCGGCCGGCCACCGGUGUGCUGCUGUCCGCCGGACGCACCAUGUUGGGACCGGCGCACCAGAAGCUACCCCACGGCGGCGGCGGCGGUAGCUCCAGUUCCGGUAGCAACGGGGGGGCCGCAACCGUGGUCAGCGGCCAUCACCAGCGGCAGAUGGGUGCCAGCAACAGCAACAGCAACAACAACCUGAUGGUGACGAGCAACGAGCUGCCAGAACUGAGCCCCCCACCCGCGCACCUACCGGCCAUGGUGCUGCGCCACGGUCCGAUCGGUCCGCUGGUCGGCCAGCCACCGCGUGGCCUACAGGAGCUAUUCGGAGUGCAGACCAACUUCGACAUCCGGGCCGCGCAGCAGCAGCAGCAGCAGCUCGGCUCGAGUUCCUCCUCCAGUAUGGACGAUCGGGAUGAAGACGAUGGUGGAGGCGGUGGUGGUGCCGCUGGAGGAGGCGAAGAAGACGACGGAGUGGCCCCGGCGGGGACCGAUGCAAUACACCAGCGCUCGGCGUCGGCGGCGUCCACAAACAGCAAGCGAGCAUCACCCAACGGCGGCCGGAACAAGAUGAUGGCCGACUCGGGACAAGAGUCGGGCAGUAUGCCCUCCCUGCCGCAUGGUGUCGCCAACCAGAUGAUGCUGCGCAGUACCCGUGGCCAGCGCCAGUACGACGUGCCGCAGAUCGAGUGUCCACCUGCGAUGGAUGGCAUGGAGCGCUUCGCCUGCCCCACACCGGACCGACAGGGCCGGUACCGGUGUAUAGACGAUCAUGUGCUGUGCGAUGGUUUCAUCGACUGCCCCGAGGGCGAGGACGAGGACCGACAGGCGUGUAUGUUCUACAAAACGACAAAAGCACAUCUCGAUGUAUUAGCGGACGCCUUAUUGAGAUGGGCCCGAGGCCGUUAA